UGAAACAGGCUUCUGCGAGGACCCUUGCGGAGCCAGAGCCGGAUUUCGCACAGGCGGAAGUGUCCGUGUUUGUGUUGGUGCGUUGGAAACAUGGCGGAGUCCAGCUCAGCGCCAGCGCCGAGACCCAGCGGGGGCUUGGCCCGCUCCUCUGCCGUCACCAUGGAUGCUAUCGAGGCCAUCACCGAGCUGGAGGAGCUGGAGCGGACGUACCAGAGGCUGUGUGAUGAGGAGAGGGAGACGGAAUCGCAGCUGGAGGCGUUGGUUAGCCAGCAGAGCAACAUCGAGAGCAAGAUGCAAGCCCUGCAGAGGAUGGGGCCCAACCUGCAGCUGAUAGAGGGCGAUGCCAGCCAGCUGUCCGGCAUGAUCUCUUUCACCUGCAGCCUGGCUGAGAACGUCAGCAGCAAAGUGCGGCACAUAAGCCAGUCCAGACUUCUCUCUUUCCCUACCUCUCCUUUCUUCUUCCUUUACCCUUUAUCCCUCUCCCUCUGUGCAGGCAGUGCAGUGGACGCUAGUCUCUCUCUCCUGAAGGAGGCGGAGCAGCGUCUGAAGACCCUGGUCCGGGAGCGACUGGACCAGGCCAUCAAGGCAGGGGACCUGGCCCAGGUCGAGCGCUUCUUCAAGAUCUUCCCCCUGCUGGGGCUGCACGAGCAGGGCUUGGCCCGCUUUGCACAGUACCUGUGCUCUCAGCUGGCCAGUAAGGCAGAGGAGAACCUGUUGCUGGCGGUCGGGGGGGAGCUGAGCGAACGCAGAGCAGCGCUGGUGUUUGCGGACACCCUGACCCUGCUGCUGGAGGGGAUCGCACGGGUUAUAGAGACGCACCAGCCAAUCGUGGAGACGUACUAUGGUCCGGGCCGGCUGUACAUGCUGAUCAAACACCUGCAGGGGGAGUGUGACCGGCAGGCUGAGAAAGUGGUGGACAAGUUCAUACAGCAGCGGGACUACCACAGGAAGUUCCAGAUUGUGCAGAACAGCAUGAUGCGGACUGCAGCCACGGAGAGAAUUGAGCCCAGGGACCUCGACCCGGUCCUGUUGGAGGUGACGAUGAUGAACGCCCGAGCAGAGCUGUACCUGCGUUUCCUGAGGCGACGAGUCACAGCGGAUUUUGAAGUCGGCGACGGCACAGCCCCGGAGAGCACAGUGCAGGAGCACCAGCAGAGUCUGGAGAAGCUGCUGAAGCACUGCCUGCUGAGCCGCAACAUGCAGGAGCUGAUCGGCUACUACAUCCCCAUGGAGGAGUACUACAUGAGAGAGACUGUCAACAAGGCAGUUGCCAUGGACACCUACGAGAAGGGCCAGCUGACCUCCAGCAUGGUGGACGACUGCUUCUACAUCGUGAAGAAGUGCAUUGGCCGCGCGCUGUCCAGCUCCAGCAUCGACUGCCUGUGUGCCAUGAUCAACCACUCUACCUCCGUCCUCGAGUCCGACUUCAGGGAGGUGCUGUACAACAAGCUCCGGCAGGGCUUCCCGGCCACCACCCUGCAGGACAUCCAGCGCGGGGUGAGCAGCGCGGUCAGCCUGAUGCAGAGCAGCCUCCAGCAGGGCAAGUUCAACACCAUGGGCAUCGAGAGCAGCGAGGAAGCCAAGACUUCCUUCCUGGUGACCCUCAACAAUGUGGAAGUGUGCAGUGAGAACAUCAUGACCCUGAAGCUGAAUCUGGAGAACGACUGUGCCAAACUGUUCAACCAGGGCUUCGGAGGAGGGGAGCAGGCACGCGCCAAGAUCGAGAGCUGUCUGUCUGACCUGGUCAGCGUGUCCAGCAAGUUCAAGGAUCUCCUGCAGGAGGGUCUGACGGAGCUCAACAAUACUGCCAUCAAACCCCAGGUCAAGCCAUGGGUCAGCAGCUUCCUGUCCAUCUCACACAAUAUCGAGGAGGAGGAUUUCAAUGAGUAUGAAGCCAAUGACCCCUGGGUGCAGCAGUUUGUGGUCAACCUGGAGCAGCUGAUGGCUGAGUUUAAGGCCGGCCUGUCUCCUGUCAUCUAUGAUAUCUUAACCAGCCUGAUGACCAGCCUGAUCGCUUUGGAGCUGGAGAAGAUUGUGUUCAAAUGCACCUUCAGCAGGCUGGGUGGGCUGCAGUUUGACAAGGAGUUGCGUUCUCUGGUGGCCUACCUCACCACCGUGACCACCUGGACCAUCCGGGACAAGUUUGCUCGCCUCACGCAGAUGGCCACCAUCCUCAACCUGGAGAGGGUGACUGAGAUUCUAGACUACUGGGGACCGAACUCUGGCCCCCUUACUUGGCGUCUGACCCCAGCGGAGGUGCGACAAGUCCUGGCUCUCCGAAUUGACUUCCGCAGCGAGGACAUCAAGAGGCUGAGGCUGUAGCGCCAUCAGUGAUCCCAGACAGUACCUUAGAUUCAGCUGUGGGGUGUCUAGUCACCCCUACUCUUCCAGUGGUGCCCCUACUCUUGCCACUUGCCACCUGCCACCCUGUGUGCUUGUUCCUUAUUGUCUGGGAUCAGCACCAGGUGCUCUUCUGUUUCCCAAGUCUAUGCACUCUACUCUCAGCUGUGUUGUAUAUGUCCAUGGUGCAAGUAAGCCUGAUUCAGGAGUCCUGGCUGUGCUCCAUGGAGACAACAACACUUGGUACUGGAGUGCUGGGCAGGAGCAUCUGUCCAAUUCCAGUUAAGAUGGAAAGGGUGUAGGGAUUAGGAGACAGGGUGAAGGGUUUGAUUGGAGACAAUUUGGGGAAGUGAAUAGUUAAUAAAAGUGAAGGGCUCAAAAGAAGACGCUGCUUAGCUCUGCCAGUUGGGAAGUCGGUUGGAGUGGUGGCUCUUUGGCUAAGGAUCUGCGCCUGUGACUGGAAGGUUGCCGGUUCAAAUCCCACGGCUGGCAGAGUAAUCCUACUCCG